GCGGGGCUGGGGGCGGCAAGAUGGCGUACCAGACCUUCCGGCAGGAGUACCUGCAGGUCCCGCCCGUCACCAGGGCCUACACCACCGCCUGCGUCCUCACCACCGCCGCCGUGCAAUUAGAACUCAUCACACCCUUCCAGCUGUAUUUCAACCCUGAAUUAAUAUUUAAGCACUUUCAAGUAUGGCGAUUAAUCACAAACUACUUGUUCUUUGGACCAGUUGGCUUUAAUUUUUUAUUUAACAUGAUCUUUUUAUACCGUUACUGCCGGAUGCUCGAGGAAGGCUCUUUCCGGGGUCGGACAGCAGAUUUUGUAUUUAUGUUCCUUUUUGGAGGACUUUUAAUGACUCUUUUUGGGCUGUUUGUGAACUUGGUUUUCCUGGGCCAGGCAUUCACCAUCAUGCUGGUGUACGUCUGGAGCCGCCGGAACCCCUACGUCCGCAUGAACUUCUUUGGUCUCCUCAUCUUUCAAGCCCCGUUCCUACCCUGGGUACUGAUGGGCUUUUCCCUCCUUUUGGGGAACUCCAUCAUUGUGGAUCUCCUGGGCAUUGCUGUAGGACAUAUAUAUUUCUUCUUAGAGGAUGUCUUUCCCAAUCAGCCUGGUGGUGGAAGGCUCCUGAGAACCCCCUCAGUCCUGAAAGCAAUAUUUGACACACCAGAAGAUGAUCCAAAUUACAAUCCCUUGCCAGUAAGAAAGACCAGAGGCUUUGCCUGGGGAGAAGGACAACGUCUGGGAGGCUAAAACAUGUCUGUGCCAAACCCAACUGGAGAGACUGACCUGGGUGGAGCUCCAGACUGGGACACUCUCAUUCCCGUGGCAGAAGGGACAUUUCUUGGUGCUCUGUGGGUUGGAAUACAAGCAACUUUAGGAAAUGGCAGUCUGAUCCAAGACACUUCCAGGCCUACCAGUUUCUUUCCCAGGUUGGGGAUUGAUUGUGCUGGUAAUGAAAAAUACUAAAUCCAGUGGAGCCAAAAAAAAAAACCUAAAACUGGGAAACCAUCUCCUGUUCACCUUCAGUUAACAAGACUGAGAUUACUUGUUUAAAGUCAUUUUUAAAGCCUUUUUUUUUUUUCCAAGUUAUUUGAUACAGGAAAAUUAUAUGGGAAACUUUACAAGGGGACAAAACCAACUUUUGGGGUUUCAACUCAUUUUUUUAUUCUUGGAUAAAACAGCUACAAGAUGAUUGGAAGUGUAAGUCCUUUCAGUGGAAAAAUGAUUCUGAAUCUGAGAUGUUUUUGUCUCCAGUCUUGUUUGAACUGUAAAAACACCUCGUGCAGCAUAAGGCAGGUGUUUCACUUUGCCAGAUGGGUUUCUGGAAUGUGCCUCUGCGUGAACACUCCUGCAGGCUGAGGCAAUGUUUUGAUGGCUUUUUCCCCAAAAAAAUCCUGUGUGCAAACCACCAGGAUUGGGUCUGAAACAGAAUUCUGCACAAUCCCCUGACACCUGCACACUUCCAGCAGUUAUUGAGUGACUUGGAGCACAGGGCGGGGGGGAGAAAACGUAUCAAAUAUCUCAUCUGCUCUCAGAUGACAACUAUCUCAGAUGAGCAGCUAAUAAAACGUCUUCUGGAUG